UGGAGAUCUAGGUCAUGCAGUUGUGGCUCCGACUUGUCCCCCUCCCUUUGCCAACGUCCUCCUGUCAUCCUCUGGGAUCUGACCUUGACUUUGCCAGCUACCUGUGUGUAGUGGAUGGAGAGCUCAGAAGUGGAUGUGGGAGGCUGAGCAGCGUGAAACAAGCAGAGCUGAGAAGAGGAGGAGGAGGGGGAGGAGAGUGCAACGAGCUAGACUGUGACGCACGCCGAUGCUCCGUGCUUUCCGCUGAUUGGCCCUGACCAGUGCCGCUCACAAGAGCUUGCGGAGCAGAUUAUGAAGCGCCGCUCUGGCAGCGGCAGUCUCCUCUCAUUGUCUCAAUGGCUGCGCACGCAUUCCUCCUGUGCUCCAUCGCCUUGCUGUCUGCUCUCAGCCGGCCUGCUCUGACUCUCUCCGACGAAGAGCUGCAGUCGGGACUCAGCUACGAUGAAGUGCCUGAAAUCUUGGACAGAAGCAGAGAGAACCCCAAACAAGCCACAAGAGUCACAUCAAGUCAGGAUGGCGAGUAUGGCCUAGAGAGCGAAGAGAUUGUUUUAACGCCUGAAGAUGAAAACCCACUCAGGAGAAUCCUGCAGCCUUUCAAGUGGAAUCACUCAGCGAUGUCUCACAGCAAGAGGAAGCUGCUCCAGUCGCUGAUGGGCCCAUACGGCCCUUUGAGCGUCUCCUACAACGGGAAGACCUGCAUUCUGUUCAAGGCCAAGCGGCUGGCCAUCCGUUACCGGAAUCACACUUUCAUCGAUCUGACCGAGAGAGUGUUCAAUCCCAACUCGCCUGUGGACACCAAAGGCUCAGUCUGCACCAAGGAGAAAGCCACGCUUUCAUUAAAGUUUGGUGAUGUGGAAGACUUGCGAGGUCUUGUAAUCAGGCUUCAGAUGUCAAACACUUUUUACGAGGCAGCAGGUCAAAACUGGUUCACCCUGGACAGCGUGCACAUCCAUUACAACUGGACGCAAGAGGCCACGUUCAACGCCAGCGAGGUGUAUGCGCCCGCCACCUCAUCCUACCACUGCCAGCACGUCAGCAGUCUGCACAAAUAUGACACCCUACUGGUGCCCAGCUCCCACACGGACACAUCCGCCAACUGGCACAUCACUUUCACCGAUUUCCAAAUUCAAGCCUUCAAUGUGCAGUCAGACAAGUUCGCAUCGGCCAGUGACUGCGCCACUUUCCUGACGCCGGCCAUCCUAAUGGGCUUGGUGACGUCUCUGAUUCUACUCCUGGUAUUGGCCUACGCCCUUCAUAUGGUUGUCCACCUCAAGCACAUCGACCGCUAUGAGGAGCACAAGGCCACCGUCUACUUCCCCCGGAGUCCAGAGGCUGAGUUGCCGGACAAAAACAGCCUGUGAGAAAACCGGGACAGGGGCAGAGAGAGGAAAAGCGAGGCUGAGGCGGCGAGCAAGUCAUGGAAAAAGUAUCCUCCACUGAGUAUUUUUUUUUGACAAAAAGCCUGUUCACCAACCUUGUAAAUCGCUUGCAAGUAAAUGCAGGAUACUCUUUCCUCUUUGACUUGUAUCUUGGCGUCCAUUGUCGUCCUGGAUGCUCAAGCCUUUCCUGGGCCUUCAGUUAAUGAUCCAAAUGUGAAAGGUCAAGGACAGUCCUGGGCCCUGAGGGGCAACAAGCGGCCUUUACCCCAGCCAGCCAUGCGACCCGUACCAGGCUAUCUGUCGCUAUUACAGCUGACAUCCGAUGCUCUCGAUUAAAUGUCUCACAAGUGUCACAUUACAAGCUUUUGUCGCUCAUCAUCUUUCCAGCUCUCAAAAAAAGUAUCCUAUGUCUUACUGCUGCAACAACUAUAUUCUUCAAAAAAAGCCACUCUUAGUCGUGUUAGCUGCAUGCCAUAAAAAGCUGCUCAAGCUGAGCUAGUGCGGUGUUUCCUGAUAAUCAGAAAGUGUUGCAUGAAGCGCAGUUUAAAAUAAGACAACGAGGCACGAUACAGAAGGAGCUUGACAGAAUGCAAAAACAAGGAAACUCUGGUCAAGCGUCUGGCUGGAGUGAAAGGCCCUUCAGAGCUUUGGAUGUCACUCACCCCGCCCCUAAACCAGACUGCUGCUUGGAAUUUAACUGUGAAACAGCCUUGUACGGACCGGACGGAUGGAUGGCGACGAGGGGGAAGGGGGUUCGACACACUCAAACUAGCACAAUGUCGGUUAGUAGCAAACGCACUAACCAUUGAGAAGACUUGAAAGACUACACGAGGAACAAUGCUGCAAAAGACGGACCGCCAGAGAGCGCCACAGGAGCGCAUCACUGAAACGGCUCACCUGAGAGUCACGUUUUAGGACCAGUGAGGCCAAGGCUCCUCUAUGGUUGUCAAUGCCAAAGUGAAGCUUCAAAAGUCUUGCCACAAAUUAUGGUGAGUGGGAUGUUGUGGAAAAAAAGAGCUAACCGUUCCAGCUAUGUACAGAAAAAAAAAACAGUAAAUGUACAGAUGUGUCAUUCUGAGGAGGUCAUUUUUUUCUUUUUCUUUUUGUCUUUUUUAUAAAUGACGUAACCAUGAAAAACUGUUACUGGUGUUGGACAACAAUGCUCAUAUACAAGUUGUAGAUACAUCUGGAUCUCUUUGUAAGUACAGCUGUUUACUUUAAAAACAGCACAAUACGGAUCAUAAAUACAAAACAUUGCGCAAUGGUAUUAAGAUUAGGGAUAUGAUGCCCCCCCCAUUCUUAAAAUGUUUUCUUAUUUAAAAAGGUUGUCUGAUGAAGUCAAGUCCAGUCUAAUUGAACUGUACGUCCAAAUUGCUGCCAUAGAGGGACAAUAUUACGGAAUGCCGAACAGCAAGUGAAAAAAUAUAAAUGCCAGUAUUAUGCCAGAUGCCACACUAGCAUCAGGAACAGCAGGACUAAGUCAUUACCACUGGUUUAAAAUAAAUUUUAUUUAAAAAAAGUCAGCAUGACAGUAAGUAUCUUAACAUUUGAUAUGGCAGUUCUGUUCAUCUGUAGCAGUGUCAAAUGUGUUCUUUGGUCAUAAGUGUAUCCUGAAAAGUAUGGAAUGAGUGC